GAAAAUAAAUGCCACAAGGGCCUCAAAGAAAAACCUUAGAGAAAUUUAAAAACAUGGCAUAAAACCCGUCAGGUGCUAAUACCUGGAGCUUGUUAACGAAUAUAUUAUAGAUUGCAUUAAGAGGUAUAAUCUAUUUUUUCUCCGGUGUAUUGUUCCAGUUAGUGUAUUAAUCAGUCCUAUUGACUAAGCCGAUCGUUCGUCUGCGUGGCGUCCUUGGUUACCAGUUCUGGGCUUUAACGCGGCAUUUCGGACUACCGUGGAGUGAAUUGGGGGUUAUACUGGUUUACAACAUUUCACCAGGAUAAUUGUUCGUCUGGUCCAUUUUAAGGAUUAUUUUUGAUCAUGGCUUUACUACACCAACAAGGCCACAUGUUUGAUAUGAGUCAGUCAGAGGUGUUCCGACCGACCAAUGGUGAUUUGUUUGCUCGCCCUGGACCUGUUGAUGAGGGAUACAUGGCCUCUCUAGAUAGCUUCCGAAAGAGGCCCUCAACACAGGGAUCUACAGGAGGAUAUAGAUUUGGACAGCUUAGCCAGAACUCAUUUUUCACGCGACACAACCCACACCCCCAUCGCGUGCGUCAUAUAAAAGGUCUCCUAGAUGUUCCAAUCUGUGCUGUUAAUGAUGACGGCUACUUCGCCAGCCCUAAAUACUCUCUCCAGUUCCCGCCAAACGCCUUCAACAACAAGCAGAUGAGCAACUGGAAGGGACAAGUUCCGGUGAACGCCAUUAAUGUCAACUCCCGGCUCCACCCCAUCAAUACCGUGACCGGUCUACAGUACUUCACGGGACUCAAUAGUUACCCAUUCCGAGAGAAGGCGGUCCCAAGAGUGGGAAUGGUGCCCGUGACAGAACAAUGGCGGGAUGAACUCCAUCAGUUAACUAAAGCCAUCGGACUUUCCCCCGAGGAACUGGCACCUAAGAAGCCCCAACCCCCUGGUCUUUUGGACAGACCUAAAACACAGUAUUCAGAAACAACAGGAAGAAUCAUCCCGCCCCCAUCACGUGCUAUGUCACGUGGUAAGACUGGAUCUAGGAGCGGCAGAGACAAAUACUACGGAAAUCUGCAGCAUAUAGCACCAGAACCAGAUGUAGAAGCCAUGGUAUUGCAGAUGUUGUGCCAGAUUUUACAAACAGAAGACAUUAAUGCAGUCCAAGCCUGGCUCGUUUCAGCUGGAGAGAGAGAGAAGGGAGUCGUGAUGGACCUGAUCAGGUCAGCCAUGGGAUCUCAGAGUGAAUAUUACCAGAGAGAAGUCCCUGUAGAAUACGUGGACGACUCCACCAGGACGAAACUCCCUCCCAUCAAUGAGACGGGCCAGAUAGUGGGGGGAGGCGAGAAAUCAGACAGACUUACUUUGAAAGACCCCAUCGCUUCUCUCGAUCCUGAGAAUGCUGACAUGAGAAUGUUCAGUACAAUGCAAGGGCUAGUGUUGAAUGAACCAGGCGUUCCGGGAGAACCCAAUGCAGACGAGAUGAAAAAGACGGAACAGAAAAUUCCCUCCCCACCACCCAAACAAGCUGAUGACGGAUACCAAGUCAAGCCACCCGUCACCGACGCAUUUAGAAAACAGCCAAGUCGACCCUCUACCCAAGCUGGUAGAACCGGAAAUGGCGUAAAACCAUCUAACACAUGCGCAGAGGGUCAAAAGAAAACGGAAAACACUCUUAGAUUUACAAAAUCUGCUGAGGGAAAACGUGAACCAUUAACACAAGUAAAAACUCAACAAGAUAGCAUGAAUACAUUUUGAAAGUAGAUAAAAUCUAAAUUGGAUUAUAAACUAUACCCAUAGUUUCUCUUUAACAUGAUAUGGUUCAAAAAGGCAUUUCAUAAAUUAUUAGAUAUGGAUUAUGAAAUGCCAAAUACAAUCUUGAUAUUUUUCCAAUUAUUGAUGCUAUUCUUUCCAGUAUGCCUUUCUUGUGUUGCAUACUUUGUUAUUUUUUUUUUUU